GGCUUCCGGGAUUGGCGGGGCCUUUGUCUCUCCCUCCAGCCCGAGCUCCAGGUCUCGUCUUCACUGCUCUGUGUCCUCUUCUUCUAGAGGCCCAGCCUCUAUGGCCCUGUGACCUGCAGGUAUUGGCGAUCCAUAGUUAAGACGCAAGGUCCCCCGGAAACCUAGAAAUGGAACCAUUGAAAUUUAGGGAUGUGGCCAUAGAAUUCUCUCUGGAGGAGUGGCAAUGCCUGGACACUAUACAGCAGAAUUUAUAUAGGAAUGUGAUGUUAGAGAACUACAGAAACCUGGUCUUCUUGGGUAUUGUUGUCUCUAAGCCAGACCUGAUCACCUGUCUGGAACAAGAAAAAGAGCCUUGGACUAGAAAGAGACAUAGGAUGGUGGCCGAACCCCCAGUUAUUUGUUCUCAUUUUGCCCAAGACUUUUCACCAGAGCAGAACAUAAAAGAUUCUUUCCAAAAAGUGACACCGAGAAGAUACGGAAAAUGUGAACAUGAGAAUUUACAGUUAAGUAAAAGUGUGGAUGAGUGCAAGGUGCAAAAAGGAGGUUAUAAUGGUCUUAACCAAUGUUUGCCAACUACCCAGAGCAAAAUAUUUCAAUGUGAUAAAUAUAUGAAAAUCUUUCAUAAAUUUUCAAAUUUAAAUGGACAUAAGGUAAGACACACCAGAAAAAAAACUUCUAAAUAUAAAGAAUUUGGCAAAUCAUUUUGCAUAUUUUCAAACCUAACUCAACAUAAAAUAAUUUGUACUAGAGUAAAUUUCUACAAAUGUGAAGACUGUGAAAAAGCCUUUAAUGGAUCCUCAAUCUUUACUAAACAUAAAAGAAUUCAUAUUGGAGAGAAACCGUACAUAUGUGAAGAAUGUGGCAAAGCCUGUAACCAGUUCACAAACCUUACUACACAUAAGAUAAUUUAUACUAGAGACAAACUCUACAAACGUGAAGAAUGUAGCGAAGCCUUUAACCUCUCGGCACAGAUUACAACACAUACAAUAAUUCAUACUGGAGAGAAUCCCUACAAAUGCGAAGAAUGUGACAAAGCCUUUAAUCAGUCCUCAACCCUUACUACACAUAAGAUAAUUCAUACCAGAGAGAAACUCAAUGAAUAUAAGGAAUGUGGCAAAGCUUUCAACCAGUCCUCACACCUUACCAGACAUAAGAUAAUUCAUACUGGAGAGAAACCCUACAAAUGUGAAGAAUGUGGCAAAGCCUUUAACCAGUCCUCACACCUUACCAGACAUAAGAUAAUUCAUACUGGAGAGAAGCCCUACAAAUGUGAAGAAUGUGGCAAAGCCUUUAGGCAGUCCUCACACCUUACUACACAUAAGAUAAUUCAUACUGGAGAGAAACCCUACAAAUGUGAAGAAUGUGGCAAAGCUUUUAACAAGUCCUCACACCUUACUAGACAUAAGAGCAUUCAUACUGGAGAAAAACCCUACCAGUGUGAAAAAUGUGGCAAAGCUUCUAACCAAUCCUCAAACCUUACUGAACAUAAGAAUAUUCAUACUGAAGAGAAACCAUACAAAUGUGAAGAAUGUGGCAAAGCCUUUAACCAGUUCUCAAACCUUACUACACAUAAAAGAAUUCAUACUGGAGAGAAACCCUACAAAUGUGAAGAAUGUGGCAAAGCUUUUAACCAGUCCUCGAUCCUUACUACACAUAAGAGAAUUCAUACUGGAGAGAAAUCCUACAAAUGUGAAGAAUGUGGCAAAGCUUUCUAUCGAUCCUCAAAACUUACUGAACAUAAGAAAAUUCAUACUGGAGAGAAACCCUACACAUGUGAAGAAUGUGGCAAAGCCUUUAACCAUUCCUCACACCUUACUACACAUAAGGUAAUUCAUACUGGAGAGAAACCGUACCAAUGUGAAGAAUGUGGUAAAGCCUUUAACCAGUCUUCACACCUUACUAGACAUAAGAGAAUUCAUACUGGAGAGAAACCCUACCAAUGUGAAAAAUGUGGCAAAGCUUUUAACCAGUCCUCAAACCUUACUGGACAUAAGAAAAUUCAUACUGGUGAGAAACUCUACAAACCUAAAAGAUGUAACAGUGAUUUUGAAAACACUUCAAAGUUUUCUAAACAUAAAAGAAAUUAUGCUGGUGAGAAAUCUUAGAAAUGUGAAGAAUGUAACAAAACCUUUAAAAGUUGUCACACUUGAUUGUGCAUAAGAUAAUUCAUACUAAAAAAACCUACAAGUGUGAAGAAUGUGGCAAAACUUUUAACCAAUGCUCACACCUUAUUGCACAGGAAAGCAUUUGUACUAGAAAAAAAAUUUCAAAUAUACAGAAUAUGAAAAAGCCAUUAAUACCUGUUCACAUCUUACUCAACAUCAGAGAUUUCAUACUUAAUAAAAGCACUAUACAUGCAA